AUGCCGGACUGGGCAACAGUGUGCAACACGCAGAACCUCGCCAAAAAACAGCGCAGCUGUGCACUCACUCACACCAGCUUAAGCAUGAAUGGAGUCAGCAUCAAGGCACACGCAUGUGGACAGACAAACGUUGCCGUGUAUACGUUUGUGCAGUGCGCGUUACAUCAACGGAUGUGUUUACCCUCAGGCAUGUCAGCACGUUUCCCCUACGUCUUUCUGGCCAUAGAUGGGAGUGGGCGUGCUGGCGGAUGUGUGCACGUUGGCGGCCACGCAUUUGCUUACGCAUCAGUGUGUGAAAAGAAAACGGUUGGUUUAGGAAUAUUGGGAGAGGAAUGGGAUGAUAUCAAAAAUACCAGUGCCAGCAGACUGGGCACCACCUUGCAGGCAAAGCAGAAUUUCCUGGUCUCAGCACCUGCUUUCACAGCAGCCACCCCGCGGGGCCCCUGGGCCGCCACGUUCACCCCAGCAGCGUUCCCGCUGGCAGAGCUCUCCUCAGAGCACCCAACCCCACACGGCCCACGACCGCUAAGCAGCGGCUACAGCCCGCAGGCGGGCCACGGCUCCAGGACCCACCCGACAGGAGGAGCCCGCGGUCGGGAAACAGCCACAAGGCCGGGGCCGCCACCGCCCCCCAACCCAAGCACAGAGUUCGGCGGGCUGCGCUUGCGGCUGACCCCGUGGCCAAUGAGAGCUCACGGUGGGACAGUGAUGCUUAGUAGAACAGAGACUUCGUGCCGCGUCCAACCCCCGAUUCGCUGCGAGCCCCGUAGCCAAUGGGAGGACCUUGAGUAUAAUCAUCCUUUUGAAGAUGAUUUACUUAUCUCCAUGGAAACUCUCACUUACAGUACGCCUGACGAAUGUCAAGGAUCGUCAAAAGGUCUGCAUUUAGCUUCACCAGUGCAAGAACUGAUUGGUACAGCUAAAUCUUUUGGAGGCAACCAAGCUGCUGUUUGCAGAAGGAAAGUAGAAUUGUCAAAUGAAUGUUCUUCAUCCAGACCUCCACAGUUAGGAUUUUCUGAUGUUCCCAUAUCAACAAAGACAAUCACCAUACCCAGGCAUCAGACUUCCCCAGAACUGAAUAAAACUUGGUGUGAUAGUAUCUUGGAAGAAUACCAGUCUGCAGAUGAGGGAUGCUCCUGGAGCAAUGUAACUCUUGCAGACUUGUAUCCAGGGAUGUUAGAGUUACUUACAAGGCUCAUGACAAAGCAGACUCGGAGAAAAGAGUCAAAAUACAUGUUUGGACAAUUAAGGCACAGAAGACACCCUUCUGGAAGACCAAAGCUCAGUGUCACCUUAGUCAAAAUAAGAGGGUUCAGACCUCCUAAACUGAAGCGAGCACAGCCUAGCAUAUGCAGCAGUAGACAUGAAGACAUACAGAAUCAAACUUUUGGAAAUGAGAAUAGAGAACUUCGUGAUGACAAGAGGUCCAUUAAUAAGUUGUCUGGUGUGGUACCUUAUUCUUACAUUGAUACAAAUGAAAUCAAAAUGGACUGCUCUGACUCAAGUUUAGUACCUAGAAAAGGCCCAAAAGUCUCCAAACGGACUGUUUUUCCUGAUGUUAUAACUGCAAUGGGAGAGACGUUUCUAGUUGAAGAUGAGUUACAGACUACUGUCUCACUUAAUCCAAAAUGCAAAGAAAGUGAAAAAUUUGCUUACCAGUGUCCUUCAGAAUACUGUUUUGUAACGUCUGCUGCCAGUUCAGGGUCAACAGGACUUCAUCCGGUAAAAGAGAGUAAAACUCAAAAAAAUUACUUUUCUUGUGGUGAUACCUCAGAGUUGUGUUCAUCUACUUGCAGUUCCUAUGGCAAUAGUCAUGCUUUUACACCUGUUGCAAACUGUUCUCUUGCAAGAGCAUCAAAUACUUUGCUCUUAAAUCCUGAAAAAAUAACUUCUGAAAGACAAAUUCCUUUCGAGCACAAGCACUUAUUUUCCUUGUUGUCUACAAAGCAGAGUCCUUCAAAGAUGCCCCAGAAAUACAAUGAUGCAUUUGAAAAGCUCUCCUACAAGCUGUGUCCCCAAGAAAUCCAAAAGCCUUUCACAUUGACAAGAUCUCUUGCAAAUUCACAGAACCUUGAAGAUAAAGGAAGAUUAGUGAAGAGUAAUUUAAGUCAUUCUGUGAGGUCCCAUACACAGUGUGAUAGAGAAUUUGACAGGAUCUAUGAGCAAUUGUGUAGUGGGGGUGUUCCAAAACUUCCUGGGUUUCAGAGAGCUUCAAAUUUAAAGAAGUAUGGAGGAGUACAGAUGUCAGAAACUGUAAAUGCUCUGGUUAACUCGCCUGUUCAAACUUUAUCUGUAUCUCCCAGAGUUAAAAGACUGGGGAAUUUCCAAAACGAUCCUCUUUGUUCACCAGUAAAGCGACUGAGAGGUAUACCGGAACGUUAUCUAUCUUCAACAAAAUGUGAACAGAUUGCUCACAGAAGAAACGCUGAACUUCAGACCGACGGCAUGAGGUUUUUGAACCCAUACAUUGUCAGUAACCCCAGCAUUUUUGACAGUCACAACUGCCAGAGUCAGGGCUCUGGAUUUCAUGCUGCGUCAGAUAAAACUUUUCUUGGUGUUCCUGGUACUUCCUUGCAAGGUUAGUUUCAGAGACUUUAUGAAUUACUGCUUUAGCAAUCACAAGCACUUCUUCAAGGGUAGAUCUACAAAUCUCAAUAGACCGCUGUCUAGGUGACAGCUCUUCUUCCUCAGUAACAGUUGGGUAUGUUCAAGUGUUCCUUUAAGGAAUCUAUACAGAAAAGGGUUUUCUGAAUCACAUGUAAACAGCAAUUUAAGAAGCUUUUCUUUAGGUUAACUGGGACUUUUCCUACUAAAGUGUUGCUUAUACCCAUUGGUUUUCUCCCUUCCUUUUUUCUAUUUUAUUUAAAAUUUGCUGUUGCUUUUACUUUACAUAUCUACCUGUUCAGCAGGAAAUGCAUACUUUAUUAAUCCUACACUUGAGUAACCACAUGCUUUUGUUUGGAUUCUUCAUCUUUACAAAAACUUGCAAUUGAGUUGUUGCAUGCUACUGUCACUUGCUUAGGUGAAUUAGAUUGUUAGCCUGGAUAAAAAGGCUUUUGCUAAUUCAGGACAGUAGAAUUUUAGAAUUUUCAAAACACACCACCAAAACUAGCUUAGUUUAAGAUUCAA